UUGAAUUAUGUGGUAUGUAGACCAAUUCGGAUCCCUGAUGAAAAAUCAUCUGGCUGUAUACCAAAAUGUUGUUAUCCCAAAAUGCACCAUCAGCUACAGCUGUAUCGUCUCAGAACAAACACGCACCGCAUCACAUGUACAUCACAUGGAGCAUAUACGUUAACGGGUUUUGUGAUAAUCAGAAGUCAAUUUAUGAUAACUGAACAAUCCAAUUGAGAGAGUAUAUAAAAACAAAUCUUGACAUCUAGUCGUGCAUGUAGCGUUUCAUGUGUCGGAUCGAAAUAGUCGAAAAUUAAGAGAGAAAACAGAGUUCUUUUCACACAGAACAAUAUGGAUACCAAGCACGAAGAUCUGACUGAAUACAAAAUCGUUCCCGAAACGAGACCCAUCUGGAAGAAAAGACGCUAUCAGAAUGUUGUGCUUGCAUUUUGGGCUUUCAUUAUGGUUCACUCCCUAAGAACAAAUCUAUCAGUUGCAAUUGUUUCAAUGUCCAAAGAGUUUGGUUGGGAUACACAACGGCAAGGUGUUGUUCUAUCAAGUUUCUUUUAUGGAUACAUAUCAACUCAACUGUUCGGUGGUUGGAUGGCGCGAAAAAUUGGAGGCCAUAUAUUACUUGGCGUUGGUGUUGGAUCUACGGCCGUUUUAACAUUAUUUUCUCCACUGGCUGCAAGACACAGCUCAGGUGCGUUCAUAGCAUUAAGAACGAUCAUGGGAGUCGUUGAAGGAGUUGCUUUCCCAUCAAUUUAUGAAGUAUGGUCGAAGUGGGCUCCACCAUUAGAAAGGUCAAGAAUGGCGGGAACAUCAUAUGCUGGAACUUAUGUGGGCAGUGUGAUUGCCCUGUCUACUUGCGGUGUAAUUGCUGAACGGAUGACCUGGGACUGGAUUUUCUACAUUUAUGGAAUUGUUGGUAUUGUAUGGUGGAUAAUGUGGGCAUCGUUUGUUCGUGGCAGACCGGAAACGGAUCCGUGGAUUUGUGAUGAGGAAAAGAACUACAUUCUGGCUUGUCUGCAGCGGGCCGAAAACAAGAAAGCGUCCAGUGUUCCAUGGCUUGCAAUUGCUACGUCAGUGCCAUUCUAUGCGAUCAUAAUCAGUCAUUUCGCGGAAAAUUGGGGACUGUACACAAUGUUGACACAAUUACCCACAUACAUGAACCAUUCACUUAACUUCGAUCUGUCUGCAAGUGGUUUCUUGUCGUCAGUGCCUUACCUAUCACUGGGUAUUGUACUGUUCUUUGUCAGUUACUUAGCCGAUUGGGUGCAGAAACGUGGCUUCCUGACAACCGGUCAAACCAGGAAAUAUUUCAAUUGUUCGGCAUUCUUGGCACAAGUUCUAUUUAUGAUGCUCACUGCAUACCAGAGCGACACAACUCUUAUCAUUGUUUUCCUCACUUUCGGCGCUGCAAUUGGAUCAUUUGCUAUAUGUGGUUAUGGCGUUAAUCACUUGGACAUUGCACCAAAUUACGCCUCCAUUCUAAUGGGAAUUUCCAACACAAUCGGAUCCAUUCCUGGUAUCGUCAGUCCAAUUCUUACCGGAUCAAUUGUGACAGAACAAUCGAACUCCGAACAAUGGAAGUGGAUAUUCAUCAUAGCGGCUAUAAUCUAUGGCACCGGAGCGGUUACGUUUUGGUUUAUGUCAUCCGGCCAGGUACAGCACUGGGCUGUAGACAAACCGGACGUAGAAACUCCGUUUCAAAAUAAAUCAAUUGAUUCUCUUCACACCGAUGUGACGACCGAUGAGAAACAUCAUGAAAUUGCUGCGAAAGAGAGCCGAUAGUGUUGUCGGUCAGUAUGUUAACAAAGAACUCAAGUUAUUGUCUAUUAAUAAUAUAGUUUUAUUUAAACGUGUCUCUAGACUA